AUGGGUGAAAAAGAUCCGGCGACAAUCAAGAAAAUUGUGACUGAAAUUGGUGUGGAAUUAUCGAUCAAAUUGUUUGAUGAGACGAAAGAGGUUGAGAGAGGCGGUGGAAUGAAGGUGAGGUUUUAGGGGAUUGGGAAAACAAAAGCUAUGACGUGGAAAAAUGGGAGACUGCAAAGUUUGAUUUCUGAUAAUCAGAUUCAAGUUUCAAGAUUUUUUGAAAAAUAUGAAAACUUGGCUGAAAAUGAUAGAAAUUCUGAGAUUUCAGGAAUCAGAAAUUAAAAAAAAGUUUAUUGAAAAAAGCUAUGACGUGGCACAACGCGAAAAAUGACUUUCUUGAACUGAAAAUCUGAAAUUUCAAAAAAAAAAACGAUUUUUUUGAUAGUGGAAUCGAAAAAUCCAAGUUUCAAGAUUUUGCGAAAAAUGUGAAAAACUUGGCUGAAAAUCAUAGAAAUUCUGAGAUUUUAGAAAUCAGGAAAAAAAAUCAUGAAAAUUCUAAAAUUCCAGAAUUUUGAUUUUUUUCAGUAUUGCAAUUCCAGACAGAUUUCAGAAGCUCAAAAAUUCAGAACCUGAUACUCCAGGUCAAAGUUUUCUUACAAGCCAACCAUCAGAAAAUUGAAAAUUUUGAAUUUUCUUUGAUCUGAAAGUUCAAGAUUUUUUGAAAAGUGUGAAAAUUUUGGCUGAAAAUCAGAAAAGUUCUGAGAAUUCAAAAAUUUGAGUUACUUGAAUUUAGCUGAAAAUUAGAAAAAAUUAUGAAAUUCCGAAAUUCUGAAUAUUUUCAGUACUAAAUUUUGCCUAAACCAAUUUUUUUUUCAAAAAACAAACCAUGUGAAAUUCAGAAAAUUUAAAUUAUCUGAAAUUUCUAUGAUCUGAAAGUUUUGGUAGUUAAAUUUUCGACGUCCCAAAAUUAGCCGAAACAAAUUUUUUUCCUAAAAAAUAAAAUAAUAAUAAAACAUUUUUUCACAAUUCAAUUUUCAGAAAAUUGAGUUUUCUGUGAUCUGAAAGUUUUGGUUUUGAAAUUUCAGACGCUUCAAUGACCUCCUAAUCAACUCAAACUUUACAAAAAACUAAUCCAAGCCCGAAAGCCUUCUACCUGGCCCCAUUUUCAUCAAAAUCCAAAUUUCAGACAGCCGAUGGAACUCGUCGUCGAACUCCUGGCGGAAUAUUCAUCACCCUCUUCAAAAUGGACCCAAACGUGACGAAAGAGCAAAAAACGCGGAUUUUCGGCGAUAUGCGACAAGUUGACAAGCAAAAAUCGCGAUCCCGAAAACGAGCAAGAGAUUUUGGAAAAAAGUUGGAAGAUGUGAGUUUUUUUGGGGGCACUUGGGUUCUGUAAAUUUUAUUAGAAAUCAAUUUCAGGUCAAAAAAACUAUGGAAGAAGCUGCGAAGCCAGCAGAUGUUUUUGAUGAUGAAGAAGUUUGCGAAAUGGUUUGA